GCUUUCGGUUAUAAGAUGGCGGCUCUGAGCGGCGGCGGCGGCGGUGGCGGAGGCGGCGGUGGCGGCGGCGGCGGCGGCAGCGCGGAGCAGGGCCAGGCUCUGUUCAACGGGGAUAUGGAAGCCGAGGCCGGCGCCGCGGCUUCUUCGGCUGCGGACCCCGCCAUUCCUGAGGAGGUGUGGAAUAUCAAACAAAUGAUUAAGUUGACACAGGAACAUAUAGAGGCCCUGUUGGACAAAUUUGGUGGGGAGCAUAAUCCACCAUCAAUAUACCUGGAGGCCUAUGAAGAAUACACCAGCAAGCUAGAUGCCCUCCAACAAAGAGAACAGCAGUUAUUGGAAUCUCUGGGGAAUGGAACUGAUUUAUCUGUUUCUAGCUCUGCAUCAAUGGACACUGUUACAUCAUCAUCAUCUUCUAGCCUUUCAGUGCUACCUUCAUCUCUUUCAGUUUUUCAAAAUCCCACAGAUGUAUCUCGAAGCAACCCCAAGUCACCACAGAAACCUAUUGUUAGAGUCUUCCUGCCGAAUAAACAGAGGACAGUGGUACCUGCAAGAUGUGGAGUUACAGUCCGAGACAGUCUAAAGAAAGCACUCAUGAUGAGAGGUCUUAUCCCAGAGUGCUGUGCUGUUUACAGAAUUCAGGAUGGAGAGAAGAAACCUAUUGGUUGGGACACUGAUAUUUCCUGGCUUACUGGGGAAGAGUUGCAUGUAGAAGUGUUGGAGAAUGUUCCACUUACAACACACAACUUUGUACGGAAAACUUUUUUCACCUUAGCUUUUUGUGACUUUUGUCGAAAGCUGCUUUUCCAAGGUUUUCGCUGUCAAACAUGUGGUUAUAAAUUUCACCAACGUUGUAGUACAGAAGUUCCACUGAUGUGUGUUAAUUAUGACCAACUUGAUUUGCUGUUUGUCUCCAAGUUCUUUGAACAUCACCCAAUACCACAGGAGGAGGCCUCCUUAGCAGAGACUGCCCUCACAUCUGGAUCACCCCCUUCUGCACCCCCCUCACAUUCUAUUGGGCCCCAAAUUCUCACCAGUCCAUCUCCUUCAAAAUCCAUUCCAAUUCCACAGCCCUUCCGACCAGCAGAUGAAGAUCAUAGAAAUCAGUUUGGGCAACGGGACCGGUCCUCAUCAGCUCCUAAUGUGCACAUAAACACAAUAGAACCUGUCAAUAUUGAUGAUUUGAUUAGAGACCAAGGGUUUCGUGGUGAUGGAGCCCCCUUGAACCAGCUGAUGCGCUGUCUUCGGAAAUACCAAUCCCGGACUCCCAGCCCCCUCCUACAUUCUGUCCCCAGUGAAAUAGUGUUUGAUUUUGAGCCUGGCCCAGUGUUCAGAGGGUCAACCACAGGUUUGUCUGCCACACCACCUGCCUCAUUACCUGGCUCGCUCACGAAUGUGAAGGCCUUACAGAAAUCUCCAGGACCCCAGCGGGAGCGGAAGUCAUCUUCAUCCUCAGAAGAUCGAAAUCGAAUGAAAACACUUGGUAGACGAGAUUCAAGUGAUGACUGGGAAAUUCCUGAUGGACAGAUUACAGUGGGACAGAGAAUUGGAUCUGGAUCAUUUGGAACAGUCUUCAAGGGAAAGUGGCAUGGUGACGUAGCAGUGAAAAUGUUGAAUGUGACAGCACCUACACCUCAACAGUUACAGGCCUUCAAAAAUGAAGUAGGAGUACUCAGGAAAACACGACAUGUAAAUAUCCUACUCUUCAUGGGCUAUUCCACAAAACCACAGCUGGCUAUUGUUACCCAGUGGUGUGAGGGCUCCAGCUUAUAUCACCAUCUGCACAUCAUUGAGACCAAAUUUGAGAUGAUCAAACUUAUAGAUAUUGCACGGCAGACUGCACAGGGCAUGGAUUAUUUACACGCCAAGUCAAUCAUCCACAGAGACCUCAAGAGUAAUAAUAUAUUUCUUCAUGAAGACCUCACGGUAAAAAUAGGUGAUUUUGGUCUAGCCACAGUGAAAUCUCGAUGGAGUGGUUCCCAUCAGUUUGAACAGUUGUCUGGAUCUAUUUUGUGGAUGGCACCAGAAGUAAUCAGAAUGCAAGAUAAAAACCCAUACAGCUUUCAGUCAGAUGUGUAUGCAUUUGGAAUUGUUCUUUAUGAAUUGAUGACUGGCCAGUUACCUUAUUCAAAUAUCAACAACAGGGACCAGAUAAUUUUUAUGGUGGGACGAGGAUACCUGUCACCAGAUCUCAGUAAAGUGCGGAGUAACUGUCCGAAAGCCAUGAAGAGAUUAAUGGCAGAGUGCCUCAAAAAGAAAAGAGAUGAGAGACCGCUGUUUCCCCAAAUUCUCGCCUCUAUUGAGCUGUUGGCCCGCUCAUUGCCAAAAAUUCACCGCAGUGCAUCAGAACCCUCCUUGAACCGGGCUGGUUUUCAAACAGAGGAUUUUAGUCUAUAUGCUUGUGCUUCUCCAAAAACACCCAUCCAGGCAGGGGGCUAUGGAGAAUUUGCAGCCUUCAAGUAGCCACACCAUCAUGGCAGCAUCUACUCUUAUUUCUUUAAGUCUUGUGUUCGUACAGUUUGUUAACAUCAAAACACAGUUUUGUUCUGCAGUUCUUUUUUCUUUUUAAGAUACAAAAUUUUUAAUGCAUAAACUGGUGUGGAACAGAGUGGAAUUUCUUAUUCAACAAAAGAGGGAAGAGUGCUUUAGGAGCCAGAAUUCUCUGCUGCCAGUGUUUCUUCUUCAACCCAAAACCACGAGCAUACAAGUCUGCCUACUCCCAGGAAGACAAAAGGAGACCCUGAAUUCUGACCUUUUGAUGGUCAGGCAUGAUGGAAAGAAACUGCUGCUACAGCUUGGGAAAUUUGCUAUAGAAAGUCUGCCAGUCAACUUUGCCCUCCUAACCACCAAUCAGUUUGUGGCUGAUCAUCUGAUGGGCAUUUUCAAUCACCAAGCAUCAUUCUCUUUCCUGUUCUGGGAUUUUGUUGUGGAGCUCCUUUCCCCUAGCCACCAUCAGUUAAUUUCUGAGGGAUGGAACAAAAAUGCAGCAUACCCUUUCCAGGUGGCACAUGCUCAGUCCUCGACAGAUUUUAUCACAGUGAACCUGUCUUGCUUAACUGGAGGCAGAGAGGUGAGGAAGCGCUGCGUGUAGGGGCAGAGGAAAAGGGAAUGCUGCAUCUUCUUCCUGACCUCCGUUUCUGGGCCUUUGGUUGCCUGGCUUGCUGGGGCUGUGCCUAACCCUGUGUUUUGGACAGUGCUGGUACACAUCACCUUCUUUUCUCAUUGGGUCCAGCAAUGGAGAUGAGGGCUGGGGACUUGGUUCCUCCAUAAUGUAGCAAAUUCUCAGGAAAUACAGUCCAUAUCUUCCUCUAAGCUCUUCCAGUCACCAAGUACUUAUAUAGCUAUUUUGUCCAAGGCACAAAAUGCCAUGGGCAUAUCUAAUUAAAUGCCUACCAAACAGCUUAAUAGCAGUUUUGAAUGUGAGAAAUUUAUGUAAUUGAGAUGUAAGGUACAAGUUUUAAUUCCUGAAUUUUAUUUUAUUUUUAUUAAAAAGAAAAUGAUUUUCAGAUUUAAUUGGAAUAAUACUUCCCACCAGAAUUAUAUAUCCUGAAAAUUGUAUUUUUGUUAUAUGAACUUUUAAAGACAGACCACUGUCCUUUUCUCUACCUAAACAUGGGGAAUCUUAGGCAAUUAUUUAUAAUUUUUAAAUUAAUGGUACUUGCUGGAUCCACACUAACAUCUUUGCUAAUAAUUUCAUUGUUUCUCCCAACUUAACUCCUACACUACAUUCUGCAUCCUCUUUCCAGUCUUUUAUCUAAAAUAUGCAACCUAAAAUAAAAAUGGUGGUAUCUCCAUUCAUUCUUCUCCUUCCUUUCUUCCCAAGCCUGGUCUUCAAAAGGUUGGGUGAUUUGACAGUUAAAUUCCCCAAGGUGGAAAACAGAAAUGUCAGGGCUAUUGAGGCUGAGAGAGGAUAUGUAAAAGCUAGCAGUUGUUUUUAUACAAAGAGCUGCUAUGAUAUUGAGAAUCUAAAUCUUUCCUAUCUUCGCACAAAUGGAAAAUAAACCAAGCCCUAAGCUUCCUUUGGUCUUCAAUGAAAGGGCAGUACAAAUUACCAUAAUAGCAGAGACAGUGACAAGAUAAAGUAAUGGUGAGUGUCUGCCUUAUUGGGAGUCUAGGAUAGCAUGUCAGGAUUUCAGAAUGCAGACCAUACAAGCCAACUAAAGUGCAACCAAAAACCUGGAAGUUCUAUAGAGCUGAAAAUAAAUCAGGGAAUUUAAAGUGGUCUUGUAACAUUUUCCCGGUUCCACUAUCUGUAUUUCACCCUGUUCACUACUCAUUACCACUAGAUAGAUGAUUUUUACUUAAAUAUUUGGCAUUAGAAGGCCUACUGGAAAUUUCACAGACUUGCAAAAGGUUGACAUAGAAAAGUAGGAAAUAUUGUGAGGUUAUGAAUCAUUUUGAGCUAUAGUUCUAGUAUGUUUUUAUGUUUGAUGUGAGCAGAGCAGUGUCUUAAAUUUUUUUAGACUUGCAAAGAUGGAAAUAUAUUGUGCUGGUAUGAAAAGAAUCCUCUGUGCAUGAUGUACCUCUUACUGAAAAGUCCGAAAUGUCUCUGUAGAUACUUUGUGAUAUGGCUGUUUCCUUUAGCAAGAUUGGCUUAGAUCUUAAGUCCUGGUUAGAGGAAAACACAGGUGUUGAAGUCAUGGUCAGGAGCCUUCUCUGCUGCCUCAGUGCAGGUCCCCUCUGUCUGGGGACAGCCAGCACGACAGACAUGUCUUCCUUUCAUUUUAGGGUAGAUUGCUAUCUUAUUUGUAAAGGGGGAACAGAGUGAUAUCACAUGAAACUUUGUCCCAAAGUUGGGCUCAGGGUAAUGAGGAUUAUUUUUGUUUGUUUUUAAAGGGAAGUUUAAAAGUAAAAACAAACUGUUUAAACCUUCCUUCUUAUUCAUCAAAUAGAUUUUUUUUUUUAGUCAACAAGUGACAAUAAAAGGAAUUUCCUUUGCUGUAUAUUUCAGUCUUGAGCCUAUAGGUAGGUAGACGAGCUCCUAAGAAAGAUGAGGAAGAAGCUCUUGUUUGUGCAGAGCACUUUAUGAGUAAUUGUGCAGUGUGUGGCUGCUUCUCCGGCCAGCUCCAUGAGGCUGUCAGUGAACUCUGUGUCAGUAAAGUUGCAGUGCCUUUCACCACGUGUUUUGGUUUUGAUUGGGAGAGUUUGGCCUCCUGGAAAGUUAGAGAGCAGCUGUGUUUAAAUAAGUAGUAUUCCUGAUUGAUUUUUUUUCCUUUAAAUAAUAUGGACCAAAAAAUUUUAUGGAAGAGACUUGUGAGUAGAAAAUCAGAUGUGAUCAUUUGUACUGUGUACACCUUAAAAGAAGACUCCUAACUGUCAAAUUGUGGUUCCUGGAUAUCCUGUCUCUGAUUAUAUUUGAGGUAUGGUAGGACAUGCUAGGACAUUCUAGAAGGUUAAAAACUCCAUGUAAAUCAUGCUAUAUUUAUGUCAUUGUUGGAGAAGAAAGCAUUUUGAAAAGACAGUUCAACUUGAGCACUGAAGCUUUGUAAAUACUUCCUCAUUCUUGUUGGGUGCAGUCCCAGCUCCUGUAUCACACAGCAUUGUCUUUUCAUCUGGCGUCGUGGGAACUGCCACAUGCCCCUCACAUCUCAGCUGCCCCGGCUGCACGCCCACCACCAGCCUGCAGACAUCAGCACCUAGCUUUAGUUUCAAACACUGCAGAGUUCAGGUGACUUCUUAAAAAAAAAAAAACUACCUCCUCAGAAUGAGGUAAUAGCUAUUUAUUUUAAGUUAUGAAAAGCCACAAGUUCUAGAACAUGAAGAUGAUUUAAGAUUUUAACUUUUAUGUGUAUUUGUGUUUGAGCACUCUCAUUUUGUCCUAAAGGGCAUUAUACAUUUAAGCAGUGAUACUGUUUUUAAAAAAAAAAUCGCUCAAGAGUAUCUGAAUGUUGUGGGAAGUGGUGCCGAAUCUGUUGGAUACAUUUCAGAAUCUUAACCUUAAGUCAGUUUCAUGAAGUUAAGUAGCUAUGGUAUCACUUCACAGUGAUAGAAUUUUACUUUUCAGUAGCUUGUCAAGACAGUACAUCUUCAUACUGUGUUAGCCACAGCUUUGUCACAUUCAUAGAUACUCAUUCAGAGAGACUACCCACUUAGGGUAGAAGGAUUGCCCUCUUAGACUCUUUCUGUCCAAGUUGGCAUUGCUUGAGACCAACAGAUGUCAACCACUAGGCUAUAAGAAACCAGAGCCAGAGAUGGAAGGCGAGAAUGAACAGCAACUAACUUGCAGGUUACAGCAAAAAGGUGUACAUGAGGCUCUAGCAAAAUACCUUGACAAUUUGCCAAAUGAUCUUACUGUGCCUUCAUGAUGCAAUAAAAAAACGCUAAAAAUUUUAGCAGAAAUCAGUGAUUAUGAAGAGAGCCACUCUGGUUUAACUCAGCUGUGUUAAUAUUUUUAGAGUGCAAUUUAGACUGCAAAUCUGCACUAAAGAAUUUAUAGCCAAAACACAUUUUAAAAAUGAGAAAAAAAAACAAGUAAAUUUUCAGUGAACAAAAUUAUUUUUUUAACGCAUAUAAUCCCUAGUAUAGUCAGAUAUAUUUAUCACAUAGAGCAACUAGGUUGAAAAUACUGUUCAGUGACAUUUCUAGAGAAACUUUUUCUACUCCCAUAGGUUCUUCAAAGCAUGGAACUUUUAUACAACAAAAAUGUUUGACAGACAUUUUAAGAAACUGCUGUAGUUCAGUGUUGAAGUACUGUAUGCUGGACAGCAAUUGUGUGUGUUGGUUCCACGUGUGUGCUUUCUCACUGUGAGAAAGAAAAUAAAUUGUUUCCAGAGUACUGCUGCCAAUGUAGCCACUGAUUUUUCCAGAAUUUAAAAUGUCAAUUUGCCUCCCAGGACUUGCAGUGCUGUUGGACGGUGCUCCCAAUCCUGAGUGGUGGAGAGCACAAGACAGUCUCUGGAGUCGCCCUUAGUGAAGGGACAUUGAAAUCGUGAGUGACCCGGCCAGUGGGAGUAAAACUAGACACUCCAUGGUGCAGUUUUUGCGUAUUGUUUUUUUCCUCACCACCCUCCUCUGAGAUACCAAGAUGCAUUAGUGAUGUCUGAGAAGGGGCAGUAGCGUCUCUGCCAGCAGACAGUAAUUUGAAGAUUGGCCAGAGGAGAGGGCAGUGGCCAUUGUGGUUGUGGUCUGUGUUGCCAGCUCUGGCAAGGUUGAAAAUGCUGGUAAUGUGUUUGUUGUUUGUCCUAUAAGAUAUAAGCCUCAUUUUGUUGUUGAAAUUUCAGAUAACCUUGCUUCUACUUUAGGCAAAGACAUUGACAUGGAAAUCAGUCCUAAUUUUUGUCAGUUGUAGAAAGGAUAAUAGUUCCUACAGGAUUUCUUGAGAUUUAAUUGGAUAGAAUCCCAAAAUCCACCCCCCCCCAAAUGCUGGAGAUUGAACCUAGGACCUUGAGCGACUUAGGCAAGGCUUCUACCAGAGCUGCAUCCCAGUUCAUGAAAUUUUAAGGUAAAAAGGAAAAAAAAAAAGCAACCCCACAGUGGCCACCUCAGUAAGUUCAAGUAGAUCUUUUAUCCACAUCUCAUAUUUUUAUUACUAAAUCAGUUUACUUUUAUUUAGCUGUUUUGACCAGUUGCAAUGAUACAAUCAGUUGUGCAUGAGGACACAGCCAAUGUGUUUUUGUGAUGUAUUUUUUAAAAGAAUUCUGUAGAUUGAAGUGCUCUUGAAAAAUAGAAAACUGAAACGUGUUUAUUCAUGUGUCAGAAAACAAUGUUGUGCAACCCAUUAGCUUCUCAUGCCGGCUGAGUAUGAUAAUCAGCACCCAUAACUGCUGGUUCCCAGGGGAGACAGGCAGGAAACACUGGAAGAGGUGCAGCAAAGAAAGGGCUUGUUUACAGAGCUGGAAUUGGGGGUGAAUUAGUUCUGUUUUUGCUUUGAAAGUCACUCUUGUGUUUAAGCCUUUUGAAUGUGUGUUUUGGUGGAUGUGAAUUACAUAGGAAGAAAUCAAAGACUAACAUGAGCAGCAAAGCUCACAGACUAGGCACAAAUGAAAUGGACCAAAAUAGGGUGAAGUCUGGGGAACAGAGAAAGAUGAAUGCCAAGGUGGGAAGUGAACUAUAGUUACCUGAAAUGAAAUUUGAGUGCAAUAAGUGUGCUUUUUAUUCUAAGCUGUGAACGGUUUUUAAAAAUCAUUCCUUCCUAAUUCAUUCAUGUGUUCCAUAGCUGACUAAAACCAGCUAUGUAAACAUAAGCCUUUUCGCUAUGUUAAUUUCCAACAUAAGUGGCUAACCUUUAUGUCUUAUUUAUCUUAUUUAGUUUACAUACCAGGUAUGUGUGUGUGCUGUAACCUUUCUCUUCAUUUGAAAACACAUUCACUGGGUCCUCUAUUUCCUUUGGCCAUGCCAAAUGUGUAGUCUUGGUUUGGCCUUCAUGAUAUUGCCUGAUUUGAAGGACUGUAUCACAGUACCUGACCCUUUCCUUUAGGACUUCUGCUUCUAAGAUAGGUCUAAGAUCAGGAGAUUGAUUUUUACCUUUCAUCGUGUUUGUUUGAAUUGUUCAGUAGCUAGCUGGACUGCUCCUUGGUUUAUUCCAAGGAAAAGUAAAUCCCCCUCUUCGUGUACUACUAAGUCUGAGGGCACGUCUCCUCCUAUAAGGGAGAGGAAAGGGAAGUGCUUUUUGUUUGAACUGCAGUGAAUCAUGGAUCCUGUUUCACCACUCCAAACCAAUGGCAGCUCACAUAUGAAUUCCUCAACUGCCAGAGGUUCAGGUCUAGUUCACUUCAGUUCCACUCAAGCAUUCUUGUGAAAAGGUUCUCAUGAAGUCUGGGGGGUGUGGGCCCAGUAAAAAGAUGGGGACUUUUUCCUUGUCCACAGACCUCUCUAUACCUGCUUUACAAAUACUACAAUGGAGUAACUAUUUUUAAAGCUUAUUUUUCAAAUCA